CAACAAUCAUGAAACUCUUUAAGAAGAACAAACUGCUAGGCCAGAAAGGCAGCCAGCCAGGUGUCAGUGUGAGAUUUUUAAGUCCAAUAACCACGCUCAUCUUGUGUGCCAUUAUCAGCUUACUCAUUCUCAAAUGAAUAUCUAUUUCUCCUGACCAGAACUCGCAAAUCAAGCUCGUUAUCUGUCAUCCUGAACUUACUCCUCUCCACCAUCCAUCAACCUUUACCAACUCUAAUAACAGCUCAGAAAUGGUACUUGCUGGAGAGCCGCCUGUUAGAUGUACCGGAAUAACAGAGGGGAGUGGGAAGAAAUUAGAAGGAGAACGAUUAGAUAUUCCCCGAUUGAAAAAUUGAUGAAUUACCGGUGAAGUGACUCCCAAACAAUAUAUGGAGCUACUGGCCACAAUCAGGGAUCUUGGUGUUAUCCUUCCAGUUACACCUCUUCAAUACUCUCAAAUGGUUCAAGAAUCUCAAAUUAUUUUCUCUGCUAAAAUAAAAGAUAACGAAGAAGCAUAUUCUACUGCAAAUACUCCAAAAAGAAGCCUUCAGAAUGCUGAUUCAGUUGAGAACAGUGCUUCAGAUUCUAUAUCAAGCAACGGACAGAAUAAAUUCAUUACAGGAAGCGAGUCGUUUAUAUACAGCAUGUAUGCCCUCAUUUUCCUUGGAGCAUUUCUUUUAGUAAUCUUCCUGAUCAUGUUGUUUUAUCUGAUAAGGCGCCAAUGCAGGAAGAGAAAACAGAGAAGAAGAAUGCAAAUGAGACAUGACGAGAUGCUAACCCACAGAUCCAAACAAAAAUUUAGAGUAAAGAAAAUCCUGGAUGAGAUGAAACACUGUCAGUAUCAUCAACUUGAAAUUAAGUUCAAUGAAGAAUCGUGAAUUAUUUGACUGGAAAAAUAUAAGAAAUACUCAGAGGUGUGAAUAACCAAUGAGUGAACCCAUAGCUUUCAUAGGAAAUGAUUAUAUGAGUGGUACCUCACCACGGAUCCUACACAUCCUUUCAGAUGCCCUCACUGAAACACAAUUAACAGAAGGGUGUUUAAUGCUAGUAUCAGCAGGCUUAGUUUUGAGGACGCUGUUGAAGAUUACAGAAGAGUACCUAAUACCGCUAACCAUGACCCUCCUACUCCUUUUGGGCCUUCUGGAGGUCAGACACCUCACACUCCUCCUGCUGACCCCCACAGUUUGGCCUCAAUAAAUGUGGCUAUCUAACUUAAGGUCUAUCAGGGACCAUCUUUAUUAACUUUCUUCAAAAAUAAAUUCACUGAGUGCCCAA